GCGUCAUGUCAUGAUAAUACGAGUAGUGUAUGAAACAUAACCGACGCCAGUAGGUAAACCUAAACUUUUUGCAUACACCGAAAUUUCAAUAAUAAAGUUUUUUGCUACUUUAGUUUUUAUGUUCAUUUCAGAUCCGCUAGCUGAUUUUAUCAUUUUUCAUUCUCCAUGCCACUUUCAUUUCUUCAUAAAUAAAUCCCACAAUUAUAAUAAAAAUAAAUCAGCAGCUCUAUCAUACUCUUUACGUCUUCCAUCUGGAAAAUCUUUCUCUUCUACCAAACCGUGUCAGGGAUAGUUUCCGUGGUUCGCUUAAAUCAGUGAGAUUGUGGACGAAAUUUUUAGGGUUUGGAAUCGGUGAAAGAGAUCUAUUUUGCGACAGUGAAGUUUUUGUACUUUCUUGCUUGUUUCUGAUACCUUGUAUUGUGGCAUUGAGAAUUUGAGAUCUAGUUUUUUUUUUUUUUUGUGUGUGUGUGACUAUGGAGACACUUGUUGUUGUUGACCAGCAUAAGAAUCAAUACUGUAGCAGAUCUAAGUCACAAGGCCAUGGUAGAUUUGGAUCUUCACCUUCAAAACAAUUUAGAGGGAUUAACUGUAGGACUUUUCAAUCUGAUUCAGGUAUAUUACCAACUCCUUUGAAAUCUCAGAGUUUUCAUGAAACUAAAACACCAACAUCUCCUGUUACUGAAAACCCUAAUAGGAAAAAAACUAGUCCUAAGAGCUCCCCGAUUCCGAUUAAUGGUAAAACUUGUAGAAAAGAGACAACUUUCAGUGGAGAUUUAUGCUGUGGAAGCUUUUUGCUAUCUGAGUUAUGGGCUGGACCUACAUAUUCAAAUUCGCCACCACCUAGUUCUCUGCCGAUUCCUAAGUUUUCUGUGAGACCGAAGAGGACUGUGUCUCUUGAUCUUCCUGAUUCCUCUCCUGAGAUUGAAUUGCGCCCGAUGGCUAAGUCUGCACCCUCUUCUCCGACCAGGGAGCGAUUGUGUUUUACAAGGGAUCUCUUUGUGAAUGCUGAUUCUGCUACUGAGACCCUUCGUCGGAUUCUCAAUCUCGACAUCAAUGAUGAAUGAAACUUAAGGAGCAAUGCACUCCUGUAAAUAAGUGUUUUCAAUGAAAGUAGGUUUGUGUUAUGUUAGAUGUAUAUAAAGGUUCUGUAGAAUUUGUAGUGUGAGUUGGUUUGAGUUUGUGUAGCUUUUAGUUGUGGCAAUUAUGCACUUGAUGAUUUUGGCUUUAGUGGGUCGACAAUCUCUAGAUUUUGGAAAUGGAUCAAGGUUGGCAGUGGAGAGGGUUAUUGGGUUUGUGCCGGAGGAAUUGGUUGAAAGCAGGCUUUGGUAUGGGUCUUGAGACUUGACGGAAGCUUCCAUGAAAAUGAUUAUGAAGCAAAUUGAUGGUAAUGGUAGGAGUGUGUGGAAUUGACUUGGGUUGACGGUGGUUAUGGGACCUGAAGAAGGUCUGGUAUGGGUCUUGAGAGUUGAUGGAAGCUUCCAUGAAAAUGAUUCGGAAGCAGGGCGAUGGUAACAGUAGGAGUAGCAUGGAACUGACUUGGGUUGACGGCGUCUAUUAGACCUGAAGAAGGUUACAUACAAGCUGAAUCCUGAACUUAUAAUAUAUUGUUAGCACUCAUCAUAAGCUUUUUUCUCAUAUAAUGGUUAACAUUACUUUACUCUGAUAUAGGAUAUAUAGGCAUCUCGCAUUAGAUACGAUGUACAAACUGUAGAAUCUUGUCCUUACAAAAAAACCCUUAGGUCUCUCCUCUCUUUCUUUCUAAGCUUUUCUGGGUUUUUUUCUUAGCAUCAUCUUUAAUCAUUCUCACUUCUAUCCUUAUUUUACUUUCUUUUCUGAGACAUUUAACUGUGUUUAUCACUGUCAUUUCAGUUGAUUAGAUGAUAUGCAGUUUGCUAGUUACUUCCUUCCCUAUAUUUGUUUCUACCUUCCCUAUCAGUCUUUUCAUAUCUUCCAGUCAUCUUUCUUUCUCUGUUAGUAUUUAUAUUUUAAAUAGCAGCCCUCAGUGAGGGUUUUGUUUUCCCCUUAACUAUCUUUUCUGUUUUUUUCAAAGAAAAGUUAGAAGGGAUUUGUAGUAGUCUUUUGCUGCAUUAACUUCUGUUUUCUAGGAUGAAUCAAUUCCGUUCCACCGACUAUAAAUCCCCUGAUAUAUUUCCUUCUGGUUUUGAGUAAUGCAUAUUUCUGUAGUCCUUAUCCUCACCAGUCACCUGGCUUAUCUUCCACUUCCAUGGAGAGUGUUGACCAAGCUAUGCCGAAAUUUAAGGAAGGCAAAACUUUACUCAUGCUUCUUCAGUUAUGGAUCAUGAGAUGUGGUCAGUUUCAAUUGCAAAUCAGUUUCUGCCAUAAUGUCCUCUCUGGGUCGCAAAUUUGAUUGUUUCUUUUUCUUCCUUCUUCAGUAACUUGUGUAACUUGUUUGGUCUGCUGAAAUAAAAUGUUUAAUGACUAUCAUCUAUCUGAUAUUUUGUAUUUGAUUUAAAUACUUAUUCACCUUAUUAAUUUAUAUUGCGUUUCAUUGAAA